UUGACUACCAUUCAGAUCAGCGAUUUUGGGCUGUCACUAUCGCUGGAUGGAGGGGCGCAACUCCCAGCCAGCGGCCGUCUGCCAAUAAAGUGGUUGGCAAUCGAAUGCUUACAACGAGAGCUGUUUUCGGUGAAAAGUGACGUAUGGUCCUACGGUAUUGUUCUUUUCGAGAUGUACUCAAUGGGUGAGCGUCCAUUCGAAGAUAUCGAGCCGUUAAAUCUUAUCCCUCAUCUGGAAGCCGGUAAUCGACCAAAAAGGCCAUUGUUGGCGAGUGACAAAGUCGCAGAGGUCAUGGCGAGGUGUUGGGACAAAGUGCCUAGUAAAAGGCCAUCUUUCGAAGAGCUUCUUAACAUAUUCACUGGGUUGCUGGAACAGUCUACUGAAGGAUAUGGAUACUUGGCACUCAUCAAGACAGCCGAAACAUACAUGGCGGUUGCGGAGCUGACUUCUACACAUGGGGUUCGUUGUGUUUUACAUACAAAGUAG